AUGUUCAGUUUACUCGGUAUAUUUUUAAUCGGCUUGGGCGCUGCUACCGCCAUUGAGUUGGGUCAUGCGCCACUGUUGCUCAAGCCGGCACUGGUUAAGACUGUCGAAGUUGAGGCGCCUGCUCAGUACGAGUUCUCUUACUCGGUGCGCGAUGAUCACACAGGCGACAUUAAGAGUCAAACGGAGUCACGGCAAGGCGAUGUUGUCAAGGGACAAUAUUCACUGAUCGAUGCUGAUGGUUAUCUGCGCACAGUUGAUUACACAUCGGAUGCUCACAAUGGUUUCAAUGCGAUUGUACGUCGCGAUCCGCUCGGCCACAAGGUGGUUAAGGCUAUUGCACCUAUCGCCAAAGUGCUGUCGCCCAUAGGUAUUGGGCCAAAAUUGCCAUUGCUCUCAUUGGGUAUUCCACGCUAAGUUCAGUUCGCUAUUGACUGAAGAUCCUUAAUUGAGCACCACCACACGAAUGUAACAAAGCGACAGCGAAUUGAUGGACAGAGGAUUCGGCGAGUAUGUACAGGAAUAUGGUCGCACAACCAAAUCAUCAAGACAUCA